AUGGGCCAGCCCAUCGCCAGUGACGGUGCGCCCGCAAUCGUGAAGGACGACGACGACGACGAGUGGGAGUACGAGUAUGAUGCGACCGAGACGGAGGACUGGUACUUCACCCUCGACCUCACCACGCACAUUCCAGAUGCACUGCUGCAGAAAUCCGCCCCCGCAAACGGCAGCCACGAGUCCGACGGGGCCGCACGGGGCUUGCCACGCAACGAGGAGAAGGAUGGCGAGGAGGGAGCAGUGAAUGAAAUCGAGGACGACGCCUCUGCCAAACCCGUCGGCAAUCUGCAGAUCAUUGACUUGCAUACCACAAACCCUCUGAUUAAAUUUGACGACCAGAUCUUUUCCUGCUACUGGAGCACCGACCUUGGCACGCAGGUACACAUCGCUCAAGCUGGAGACAUACCAAGCCCUCGUCGAGCAGGGACAGUGCUCGAUGUUGUCGGCACAUCGCAGACCAGACUGAUCGGAAAGCCCGCAUCCCUCAAACCCCGUGAAGAUGGCGGACGACGACAGGAAGGCGGCGCUCAAACCAACGCCAUUGAAAUCAAGGACGCAUCCGACAGUGAAUACGAACUGGAAGAGCGUUCGCAAAAGUCCACGCCCGCCCCAAGCACUCAAACACCAGGCACACUGCUAGAAAUCCCACAAGAACUGCUAACCAGCAAAGCCGUCAAAGACCAAGCCUCUUUCCUCGAACGUCUCUCAGAGGUCAAGCUAAAGAAAGGCGAGCACGACCCCAUCCCAUUCCACGGAAUUCGAGUAUACGAUCCACCGGACAAUAUCGAAGAGAUCCGUAAGAAAGAUAAAGAAUUCCAGGCUGCGAAACUUCAGAAAGCCAAGGACGAGCAGCUGGCUGCGAAGGGCGAUCGGCCGCGGAAACGGAGGCGGAAAUUUGGUGAGCAGGGGGCGAGGUCUGAUGCUGGGAGGAAGGGGAGAGGUGCGAUCGCGGCGUCGUUGGGGUUUCUGGAACGAAAUAAGGGUGGUGGAGCAGCAGGAGGACAGGCGAGCACUGCAGCUGCGGAGGACGAUGGUGCGGAGGAGGAAGAUGCUGCUGGAGAGGAAGAUGAUGAUUGA